UCAUACACACAGUGCGUUAGAGUUUGUUGAGAGAAAAGGAAAGGCAUAUACAAAGAGAGAGAGAGAGAGAAACACUCUAAAUUCUUGAGAGAGAAAACUCACCCACUUUUUUUUUCUCUAUAAUAAUUCAAGAAUUAUAUUUUUCACCCAACAACGAAGAACCUUUCUUGAAGCUAUAAAGUUUCUCUUUUUUGCUCCUUUGAAAUUGUACAUCUUAUAUUUAUUCAAAAUCUUGGUUCUUUUUUAGUAAUCCCUUAGAUCAAAUUUCUUGUUCUUGUUAUUGAAUAUGGCAUGUAAAAGGCACAUUCUUGAAUCUAAUUCUUUUUGGGUUUUAUUAUCUUGCUGUAGAAAUAUGUGUAAUUUUUGUAGCAGCAGCCUCCUCUGUAUUUGAUUUCAAUUUGGUAAAAUUCAUGGCUGAAGAAUUCUAGUUCUUGAAAUUGAUACUGCAUAGGAAUAAAGUUUGAAUCUUUUUUGGUAUAUUAGGGAUUUUCAAGGCUAUUUUUUUAGGGUUAAUUGUUUUUGUAUUUAGUCCAAGAAAUGUAUAUUGAGGAGUUGGAUGAGGGGGAAGAAGUAGUAGUAAACAGGGAGGAGAAGUUUUGUGAUGAUACUUGUGAAGAAGGUGCAUUGGUUGUUUCGGGCGCGAAAAGGGCUUUGGUUGGAGCGGGUGCUCGUGCUCUUUUUUAUCCCACAUUGUUGUAUAAUGUUGUGAGAAACAAGAUUGAGACCGAGUUUCGAUGGUGGGAUAGGGUUGAUGAGUUCAUACUGUUAGGAGCUGUUCCGUUUCCUGCUGAUGUCCCUCGCUUGAAGGCUCUAGGCGUGGCUGGAGUGGUUACCUUGAACGAACCAUAUGAGACUUUGGUCUCAACAUCAUUAUAUCUUGAUCAUUGCAUCGAUCACUUGGUGAUUCCUACCAGAGACUAUCUUUUUGCACCAUCAGAGAGAGAUAUUGACCGAGCUAUUGAAUUCAUCCAUGGUAAUGCAUCUUGUGGUAAGACAACAUAUGUGCACUGUAAAGCCGGCCGUGGCCGUAGUACAACAAUUGUCCUUUGCUACCUGGUCAAACACAAGCACAUGACACCUGAGGCUGCUUUUGAAUAUGUCAGAUCCAUUAGACCAAGGGUGUUGUUAGCCUCCUCUCAGUGGCAGGCGGUUCAAGAAUUCUAUGUAAGAGUAAAUAAUACUGAUAGUGAUGUCUGUGGAGGUGAUAAUUCAUUGAAAGUCUUGGACUUUCCAGCACAAAAAGAAGUUGCUGCCUUUGAUGAUGGCUCGGUGGUUCUAGUCUCUGAAUCUGACCUUGAUGGGUAUGAGGAAAGCGUUGAAUCAGGUCUGACACGUAACGAAGUGUUAGCGGAUUUAAACCUUGCAUGUAGAGGUGUUCAGGUUGCUAGCCAGGCUGCAAUUUCCCGGCUUUCAUUUUUCUGGCUUCGCUAUCAUUCGAGCCAAAAAAUGUCAACGAAGAAGCUAGGAGGUAUUGGCGUUAACAUCCACGUUUAUUGAGAUAUCAUAUCUUGGUUAAGGGAAGCUUCCCUUAUGUUGCUUCUCUCUCUCUCUCUCAUAUAUAUCUUAAACCACCCCUUGAUCCCCCUUUUUUCGUGUCUUUUGUGGAGCUACAACAAUGUUGUUGCGAAUGUAAUUCAAGCUGUGAGAAGCCAAGAUUCAAGAAGUGUACACAGAGAAUAGUAUGUAGUGUUGAGACAGAGCAUAACUAUGUAGUAAGUUGAGUUGUUCUGGAAAGGGAAAAGUGUGAGGCAUGCGUGUUUUAAUGAAUUGGAUGUUUUUAAUGCAAAAAAUGUAUUUUCUUUCAUCACGCUACACACACAUAUUCCUGAAACCAUUCAGCAAAAGCAAAUUUGUCACCUGAAGAUAAAUUUGUUGCGAA